AUGAGAAAAGAAAUCUUGAGAGACGACUCGUGUUGUAUUGCAUCCAAGACAUUACAAGAUGACUCUGUAAUUAUUCGUAUUCUCUGUCAAACACAAUUGAUUUUAUCAUCACCAGAUAAUAAUGAGAAUUUAAAGGCGAAUGAUUUGUUAACAAAUAUAAUUAAUGAAUUGAAUAAUUUUCGUGUCGUCAUAUCAGAUAGUGGUUAUCAUUUGGAUGAAUUUAAUUUAUUUUUUACACAAGAUGGUCUCUACAAUGAAGAUGGCAAACAUGCACUUGAUGAUAUUAAAAUUGAAGAUUUACUUAUUGAGGAAACAACAACAACAACGACAAAACAGACAAAGCAUAUUCAACAGAACACAGAAUUAUACAGAAAAUUAUAUCCGUGGAAGAUCAUUAAAGGAAAAAUGUUAAAAAUGACAACAGAAGAUGAAUCAUGUUAUUCACCAGUAAUUCAGUUGUGUACUGGUUCGAGUACAACAAUAUUGCCAAUUGUUGUCGAUGUUAUUCUCGUUUGUGAUCGUACCAAUACGUUUAGUGAAAUUCGUAAUCGAUUAGAACAAAAUAUAUUAAAACAAAUGGAUUAUAUCGAAACAUAUUUAGAACAUAAUAUUGAAAAUAUCAAAUUAUUUAACACUGCAACAUUAAAACCAUAUCAUUGUUAUAUAAAGUCUCUUAAUCAAAUCUUAACAAUUAUAUCGGAUAAUACACAACCAAAUGAUGAUAUUAAGCAAGUUUCACUAAGAAAACAAAUACAUGAACAGUAUAAUUUACCUUACGAUCGUCCAUUGAUAUCCAAACUUAAUGCAAUAGAUUUUGAUCUGGAACAGACAAAUGGAACGCGAUUAUUUAAUGUUCAUAAAAAUUUACCAUCAAAAGUACAAGGUGGUAAACAAACGCUAGUAAUUGGAAAUUAUGCCUAUUAUCAUUAUAUGCAAGAUGGAAUAGAUGAUAAUCAGUGGGGUUGUGCAUAUCGAUCAUUACAAACAUUAGCGUCUUGGUUUCAAUUACAAGGUUAUACAGAAAAAAAGCCACCAACACAUAAACAAAUACAACAAACAUUAAUUGAUAUUGAGGAUAAACCGAAAAAAUUUCUUAAUUCUCGUCAAUGGAUCGGCAGUAUGGAAGUAUCAUAUGUAUUGCAAAAUUAUUUAAAUAUAGAAUGUAAAAUAAUAACGGUUGAUCAAGGUGCAAAUAUGUCUGAACAUGUUCGAGAAAUCAUUCAUCAUUUUGAAACAGAAGGCACACCAAUUAUGAUAGGUGGUGGUGUUCUAGCUCAUACCAUUUUAGGUGUUGAUUUUAAUGAAAUGACAGGUGAUUGCUGCUUACUGAUUUUAGAUCCACAUUACACGAGUGUAGAUGAUAUCAAAAUUAUUCAAGAUAAAGGAUGGGUGGGCUGGAAAGGGUGGACAUUUUGGGAUCAAAAUGCAUUUUAUAAUUUAUGUUGUCCAUUGAGACCGAAAACGUUUUAA